GACAUGGAUUUGAAUCAGCUGGAGGCUUUUCUCACUGCCCAGACAAAAAAACAAGGUGGCAUCACAUCUGAUCAAGCUGCAGUCAUUGCAAAAUUUUGGAAGAAUCACAGAAUAAAGAUCCACGAGAGUCUGAUCAAUCAAAGCCGUUGGGAUAACGUCUUGAAAAACAUGAAUUGGCGAGUGGAUCUGAAGUCACAGUCGAGACACAUCGAUCAGAUAAACACUCCUGUUGCAAUAGUUGAAAUGGAACUGGGAAAAAAUGGGCAG